CAAAAAACAACCUCGAAUCCUCGGCCGCUUUCGUCUUCGCCAUGCGCCGCAAAGCGGCGCUGGUCGCCGCGCUCGCGCUGGGCGGCCGCCUCUUCGUUGCGCCCAGCGGCGGCGGCGCUUUCCGCAGGCCGCGCCGCGGCGCCUCCUCCGGCGCCGCGCGGCGCUCCGCGCUGCCGGAGGUCUGGGACUGGGUGCCGCACUUCCAGCUGGUGGACCCCGCCUGGGCGGGGGAUUGGCAGAUGCCCUUGCCGGAGCUGGACCCCAACGCCCAGUACCUCUACGGUGCUGACGGGGAGGUGCUGCGAGAUCCCUCCAGCAAGAAGCCUCUGACGGACGACUGGUUCAACGCCGCUGUAGGCUUCCAGGCGGAGAUCGUCCGGGGCAUCGACCAGGCCUUGCGGUCUGUGGGCGUGCCCCAGGCGUUCGGAUGGACCAUCUUCCUCUGGACCUUCAUCUUCAAGCUGCUGCUGUACCCCUUGGAGAAGGACACGCUGCGGUCUUCGGCCAUGACCAAGAUGAUCGCCCCCAAGCUCCAGCAGAUCAAGGAGAAGUACAAGGACGACGAGGAGAUGGUCACGAAGCGCACCAUGCGUUUGUACGACAUCUUCGGGAUCAGCGUCUUCGGUGGGUGCCUGCCCUUGCUGAUCCAGCUGCCGAUGAUCUUCACGCUCUUCUACUGCUGGCGCCGCCUGGCCGCUGAGAAGUACGAGCACUACUACGACGGCUGGCUGUGGAUUCCUAGUCUGUCUCAGCCGAACCCCAACUUCGACUACAAGCUGGACUGGCUGCUGCAGUUCAAUGAAGCAGGCCCGGCCAUCGGCUGGGACAUCUGGGUGCGCCAGCUGAUCUUGCCGGCCCUGGUGAUCUACGUGGCCUGGCUGAAGAACCAGGAGCCCGGAAGCCCCGCAGACACUCCGAAGAAGGACGAUAAGAAGAACCCCGUGGUCUCCAACUUGCCGCUGCUGCUGACGGCUUGGCUCACCGUGGAGCUGCCGCAGAUCAUGUCGGUCUACUACUUGGCCCUGAACUUGGUGGGCUUCCUCGAGAUAGAGAUCGUCAAGGUGCAGAUCCGGGAGGAGCUGCCGGUCUUCGAGGUCUUCGAGCGCACGGGGCGCUUCCCCGAGGGCAACUUCGAUGAGACCUUCUUCCCGGAGAGCCUCCACCAGGCCAGCCGGAACGGGAACCUGCCCGCGGUGCAGCUUCUGCUGGACGAAGGGGUGGAUGUCAACGCACUGGAUGAGGCUGACACGCCGGCGCUGUGCUAUGCAGCGCUGCAGGGCCAUUCUCGAGUAGUGGUGCUGCUGUGCCUCUCAGGUGCCAACAUCCUGGCGGCCAACAAGGAGAAAAGCAACGCGCUGCACUUUGCGGCGGCCACGGAUCAGGUGGAGGUGCUCAAGUUCCUGGUGAGCUAUGGCAAGGCGAACUACAAGGAGUUUGAUCAGGAUGCGUGGCUGGAGAUGCGCACCGCGCAGGGCUUGACCAUCCGGGACUUGGCGGAGAAGGUGGCGAGGGAGGAGGGCCACCGCCAGGUGCUCGAAUUCCUCCAGGAGCUCGAGCAGGCGCCGAGCGCGCCAACGCCGGUGCUUGCGGAAGCGGCGGCCGUGACUUCCGCCCGGGCUGUCGACUGAGCGCUCGCUCGCGCCGAGCGCCUGGCAAAGCUCCUACGUCGCGUGAGAGGAAUGGACCCGCCCUGCUGAGGGUGGUUGCGGUAGCCACUCGUGUUUUUUUUCUUGUUCUUUUUUCUUUUUGCGUUGCCAGAGGAAUCCUCAGGCAUGGCUCCUGCUUCCAUUUUCUGAUUUUCCUUUUUUUGUGUGAA